GACGCGGAGGAGCGGCGGCUGCCCGAGCUGCGCCCAGCAACGCGCUCCUUCCUGCUCCCCCACACCGGCCUCGGCCCUCUCACCGGUGAGUUUCAGUCCUCGCGCUUCCCCUCGUCCCAAGGCCGGCGCCAUUGUUGGCACGGGGAAGCCGGAUGGAGCCGCGGUCGGAGGCGGUUGGCUUCGCGUGGGCGGGAGGGUUGUCGGUUCCUGUGCCCACGAUUCUCUUUUUGGGAGGGCUGGUGUGGUGCCGCGGCAACCCAUCUCCGGCACGCGGCUGUAGAAAAUGGUGAAAGAAACCACUUACUAUGAUGUUUUGGGGGUCAAACCCAAUGCCACCCAAGAGGAAUUGAAAAAGGCCUACAGGAAACUGGCCUUGAAGUAUCACCCUGAUAAGAAUCCAAAUGAAGGAGAGAAGUUCAAACAGAUUUCUCAAGCUUACGAAGUGCUCUCUGAUGCAAAGAAAAGGGAAUUAUAUGACAAAGGAGGAGAACAGGCAAUUAAAGAAGGUGGAGCUGGUGGUGGUUUUGGCUCCCCCAUGGACAUCUUUGAUAUGUUUUUUGGAGGAGGAGGAAGGAUGCAGAGAGAAAGGAGAGGUAAAAAUGUUGUGCAUCAGCUCUCAGUAACCUUAGAAGAUUUAUAUAAUGGUGCAACACGAAAACUAGCUCUGCAAAAGAAUGUGAUUUGCGAUAAAUGUGAAGGCCGAGGUGGUAAGAAAGGAGCAGUCGAAUGUUGUCCCAAUUGCCGAGGUACUGGAAUGCAAAUAAGAAUUCAUCAGAUAGGACCUGGAAUGGUUCAGCAAAUUCAGUCUGUGUGCAUGGAGUGCCAGGGCCAUGGGGAACGGAUCAGUCCCAAAGAUAGAUGUAAAAGCUGCAAUGGGAGGAAGAUAGUUCGAGAGAAGAAGAUUCUAGAAGUUCAUAUUGACAAAGGCAUGAAGGAUGGCCAGAAGAUAACAUUCCAUGGUGAAGGAGACCAAGAACCAGGACUGGAACCAGGAGAUAUUAUCAUUGUUUUAGAUCAGAAGGACCACGCUGUUUUUACUCGGCGAGGAGAAGACCUUUUCAUGUGUAUGGACAUACAGCUGGUUGAAGCACUGUGCGGCUUUCAAAAGCCAAUAUCUACUCUUGACAACCGAACCAUCGUCAUCACCUCUCACCCAGGUCAAAUUGUCAAGCAUGGAGAUAUCAAGUGUGUGCUAAAUGAAGGCAUGCCAAUUUAUCGUAGACCAUAUGAGAAGGGUCGCCUAAUCAUCGAAUUUAAGGUAAACUUUCCUGAGAAUGGCUUUCUCUCUCCUGAUAAACUCUCUUUGCUGGAAAAACUCCUACCUGAGAGGAAAGAAGUAGAAGAGACUGAUGAAAUGGACCAGGUAGAACUGGUGGACUUUGAUCCAAAUCAGGAAAGACGGCGCCAUUACAAUGGGGAAGCCUAUGAGGAUGAUGAACAUCAUCCCAGGGGUGGUGUUCAGUGUCAGACCUCUUAAUGGGGCCAGUGAAUAACACUGCUGGCAUUUUAUAUGCAGUAGUGAAUGAGUGAAGGACUAUAAUCAUAGCUCACUACUUGCUAUUGUUUUUGUUUUAAUAUUCAACUAUAGUAGUGUUUUAAAAGUUAAAUGAAGAAUAAACUCAAAUAUAAAAGCUCUGACUUUGCCCUGUAUGUAUGAUGACUUCAGUGUGCAAGAUAAAGUUUAAUACUUGUAAAAACUACUUAAAAAAAAAAAUCUCCCCUAGCAAUUGUUAGGCCAUACCUUGUAAUUAAUUUCAGCUCUAUGUAUAUGAAACAGCUCAGACUGAAAUGCUGGGUGUAUGUAUUGACUUCGGUGUAUGACCCUUAAUUGUUAAGCUAUGAAGUUAAAACUUGUAUUUAAUUGGCAGUCAGACAAAGAAUUUGUAGAGAAGUGUUGGUCUAUAGUUAAGUGGGAUUCAUUGUGAUGCCUCUGCAUUUAUUGCCUCAACUGUUACUUGAAGAUGGCAUGCUAUGUAAUUUGGCCUGUGGUAUCAUUGACAGAAAGGAUACCUCUCUAAAGAAGGGGUUUACCAUAUGCUGCUGCUUGAGGGCUUGCACUUGUAGAACUGCAUUCCCUUCUGCUGUGCCAUCUUUUUUUUUUAAA